AUGAUGCCCUCGGGGCAUAGCUACGGACACCACCAGUUUGGACACCAAGCUGAGUCGUCCUGGAUGCAUCAGCAGUCUGGCCAUCACCCCCAGCAGCAGCAUCCCCAGCAGAGCAGCAGCGCAUCAACUGUGCAGCAGCAACAGGCGCAGCAGGCGCAGCAGGCUCAACAGCAAGCCCAGCAGCAGCAGCAGCAGCAGCAGCAGCAGCACUAUGGCCGCCUCGCAUCCAACAACCACGCCAACAAUGGUAGCCAGGCUCUCGUGCACAGCCAGCAGGACAACAGCCACGAGCACAUCUCCGAGGACAAUCGCCGCACCAUGGCCUACAUUGCAGAUCUCUUGCACGAUAACACGCGCGAGGCCGCCCUCCUCGAACUUAGCAAGAAGCGAGAGCAGGUGCCGGAGCUCGCCCUCAUCCUGUGGCACUCGUUUGGCGUCAUGACCUCGCUCCUGCAGGAAAUAAUCUCCGUAUACACGCUGCUUAACCCGUCGCAGCUCACGGCCGCGGCCUCGAAUCGUGUCUGCAACGCCCUCGCCUUGCUGCAGUGCGUCGCGUCGCACAACGACACGCGCGCCCUCUUCCUCAACGCCCACAUCCCGCUCUUCCUCUACCCCUUCCUCAACACCACGUCCAAGUCGCGGCCGUUUGAGUACUUGCGCCUCACCAGCCUCGGCGUCAUCGGCGCGCUCGUCAAGAACGACUCCACCGAGGUCAUCAACUUUCUGCUGACUACCGAAAUCAUCCCCCUCUGCCUCCGCAUCAUGGAGACCGGCUCAGAGCUUAGCAAGACUGUUGCCAUCUUUAUUGUCCAGAAGAUACUCCUCGAUGACAACGGUCUCAACUACAUCUGCGCCACCUACGAGCGAUUCUACGCCGUCGGCACCGUGCUGAGCAAUAUGGUCGCCCAGCUUGUCGAGUCCCAAACCGCGCGUCUGCUUAAGCACGUUGUCCGCUGUUUCCUUCGCCUAAGCGAUAACGCCAGAGCCCGCGAAGCCCUGCGCCAGUGCCUCCCCGAGCCCCUUCGCGACGCCACAUUCUCGUCCGUUUUACGCGAUGACGCGGCUACUAAGCGCUGCCUCGCCCAGCUGCUCAUAAACCUCUCUGAUAAUGUCGGCGACCCUAAUAACUCGGGCGUCUCGGGCAUGUGA